AGCCCGGCGGGUUGGGUCGGGGCUGUAGCGAGCCAAACGGGCAGAGUCUGCCGAGCUGCGCUGCGCUGCGGCUCGGCCCGGGGAAAGGUUUCGUUGAUUGGUUGCGGCGCGCUCGUGCCGGCGGUUGCUAGGCUCCUGUGCGCCGCCCCUCCCCCAGGUACCAAGACUAGCAACAAUGAAUUUGGUGUGAAGGAUUGGUGACUGCACGGCUCUGUUUAGCUUGCUGGGCCCUGGAUCUCUUUUUCUGGCUACAACAGAGUACUUGGCACGUGCUGAGAGAAUGACUCUUGGAUUUAUACAGCUGUCCCCAAUACUGGGGAGGACUUUGCUAGUGCUGAUGGUGACUACUACUGUUAAGUGCCAUUGGCCUAGUGAGGCCUCAGAAGUUGUACGGGACUGGGAAAACCAGUUAGAGGCCUCCAUGCAUUCGGUGCUUUCGGAUCUCCGAGAGAAUGUGCCAGCGGUGGUGGGGAUUCCUGACAGCUCUGCUGUAGUGGGUCGUUCCUUCAGAGUCACCAUCCCAACAGAACUAAUAGCUUCUAAUGGCGAAAUUAUCCAGAUUACUGAAGCUGGGAAAGAAACUUUGCCUUCUUGGUUGCAUUGGGAACCAGAGAGUAGCACCUUGGAAGGUCUCCCGCUUGAUACAGAUAAAGGCAUUCAUUACAUCUCAGUGAAUUCAAUGCAUCUAGUAUCUAAUGGAAGCUACGUGCCCCAAACCACCAAUGUCUUUUCCAUUGAGGUUCAUCCUGAAGAUCAUAAUGAACCUCAGUCGGUACGCGUGGCUUCACAAGAUAUGAAUGAAGUUGCACCGUUUGUGUGUAGCACAGAGGAACCAGUCACUAUUUUGACUGUAAUUUUGGAUGCUGACUUAACAAAAAUGACACCAAAGCAGAGGAUUGAACUUUUAAACCGAAUGAAAACCUUCUCAGAAGUGGAACUUUAUAACAUGAAAUUGGUUCCCGUUGUAAAUAAUAGACUCUUUGACAUGUCAGCCUUCAUGGCUGGCCCAGGGAAUGCAAAGAAAGUGGUGGAAAACGGAGCCUUACUAUCUUGGAAACUAGGCUGUUCUUUGAGCCAGAAUAGUGUCCCAAACAUAAGCAAUGUUGAAUCUCCAGCUAAGGAAGGUACAAUGUCUGCUCAUCUUGGCUACCCCGUGGUUGGCUGGCACAUUGCAAACAAGAAGCCUAAUCUUCCAAAGAGAAUAAGGCGACAGAUUAAUGCUACACCAACCCCUGUGACUGCUGUUGGACCUCCGACAACAGCCCUCCAAGAACCACCAGUUAGAAUUGUUCCAACACCCACUUCCCCGGCCAUUGCACCUCCCACUGAAACAACAGCUCCUCCAGUAAGAGAGCCUGUUCCUUUGCCUAGGAAACCCACAGUUACUAUUAGAACAAGAGGUGCCAUUGUUCAGACACCAACCCUUGGACCAAUUCAGCCAACCAAAAUGAUAGAACCAGUUUCUACUACCCCUGUCCAGAUCCGGCCCACAAUGACUGGGCAAGUUGAACCUACUGCAGUAGUUACACCGCUCACAACAAAGAAACCAAAAAGAACCACGCCAAAACCGUCCACACCAUCAACCACCGAUACAAGUACGACACGAAGAACUCCCAGGCCCACCAAAAUUCCUCGACCUCCAAAGACUCCCGGGACUACUAAAUCACCUUUCAUUCCACCAGAAAGAGUUUCGCCACCAACUCGCAUACGCACCACUACAGUUGGAACGCCCCGUGUGCCCAAUGAUCCGCCAGAACUGAAAAACCAUAUUGACAGGGUGGAUGCAUGGGUGGGCACUUACUUUGAACUCAAGAUACCGUCAGACACUUUCUAUGACAAGGAAGAUACCACCACUGAUAAACUGCAGUUGACCAUGAAACUAGAAGAUGAGAAGCCAUUGGAAGAAAACUCGUGGGUGCAGUUCAAUAGCACUAGUCAGCUAAUGUAUGGACUACCCAAUCGCACACACUCAGGCAGGCAUGAAUUUUUCAUGCAUGCCACAGACAAAGGGGGCCUUUCAACAGCGGAUGCAUUUGAAAUAUUUGUCCAUGGUCUUGGAGCCGACGAGGUGCCUCCUGUUAAAUUUAAAGCCGAAUUGGAGGGAGACUAUACUACAGUUGUUAAUGACAUUCAUAAGAAAAUUUUGUUGGUGAAGAAGCUGGCUUUUGCCCUCGGAGAUAGAAACAGUAGCACUAUUACCAUACAAAACAUUGUCAAUGGCUCCAUUGUAGUUGAGUGGACAAACAAUACUCUGCCUUUGGAUCCAUGCCCCAAAGAGAUGAUUCGCACCAUGAGCAGAAAAAUUGCUGAUAAUUCUGGCAAGCCAAGCCACGCUUUCAAGAAUGCCUUAGCGCCAGAGUUCCCGGCUAAGAACAUUUCCGUUAUUGGUGCUGGUAGCUGCGGACGCAUUCAGUUUAUUCCUUUCUCUAGAGAAGCACUUCCUACAACGGCACCGCCUACAGUUGUGCUCCCGCGGGAUCCAGAAAAGACGAGUGAAGACGAUGUGUACCUCCACACGGUCAUCCCCGCUGUGGUGGUGGCAGCAAUUCUGCUGAUAGCUGGGAUCAUCGCUAUGAUUUGCUAUCGCAAGAAGAGAAAAGGCAAGCUCACCAUAGAAGACCAAGCCACCUUUAUCAAGAAGGGAGUGCCCAUCAUCUUUGCCGAUGAGCUGGAUGACUCCAAGCCUCCCCCUUCCUCCAGCAUGCCGCUGAUUCUACAGGAGGAGAAAGCCCCUCUCCCGCCCCCGGAGUACCCAAAUCAGAAUAUGCCAGAAACCACCCCGCUCAACCAAGACACCAUAGGAGAGUACACGCCACUGCGAGACGAAGACCCCAAUGCACCGCCCUACCAGCCACCCCCUCCCUUUACAGCACCCAUGGAGGGCAAAGGCUCCCGUCCGAAGAACAUGACCCCAUACAGGUCUCCACCUCCCUACGUCCCCCCUUAAUGAACAAGAGGCGCUUGCGGAGAUGGGGCCUAUAGUUCCACACCAGUGUUGUCUGUAGGGGUCGGUGGCCUGCGAAUCCGUUACCAAUUAGGAAACCAACAUACAUAAGCUCAAACGUAGCCCGGUCCCGGCAGGCCCUCUCUCCGAAUGCGUUUGCUACACCACAGUGCUUGUGGAAUUUUCGGGACACUGAUUUUAUUUUUGCCUAACAGCUUUUGUUUUGUUUAUUCAUAGAGUGGGGCGGGGAAAUCUACUUGGCUCAAAAAGUAUUUCUGACAGCAGGCGUCUCGAAGCAUCUUGUGCAAAGGGAGAAUGGCUGGACAUGCAGGCAGCGCUAGGGGUGGCACGCUGGGUCUCUGCUGUUUGCCUUUAAAACUAACUGUACUGUUUUUUCUAUUUCACGUGUGUCUAGCUACAGGGCAUAACAUGAAACGUAGCCUAAAAAAUUAAAACCGGAGGACUUUCUGAGGUCAACGUUAAGUUUUUACAUUUAAUUGCUGUUACCUAAACUUGUAUGUAUAGAAUGGGGAGGGGGAGGGGAAAUGCUUUACUACAAAUAAGCUCCAGGGGUGUUUCCAAUGCCAUUCAGGCUGAGGGACCGUCUUUUUUAAUCAAAGGAAUCCUAUUUUUUCACACAUUAUACAGUUCAGUCAUCAGCUGGGGUCCUUUUUGCAAACUGUAGAGUGAGCUCUUGUUGCUCCAGCCUGCCAUUGCUGGACCGACGCCAUGCCAAUAGCCGUAGGUUUCUGAAAAAGGAAAGCUCUUUGCAAUUACCAAAAAGAAAAGAGAGAGAGGGUUGAAUCCAGCUAUGUAGCAGCAUUUGCUGCCUUUUGGAAAUCGGGGCCCCAACAGUGGUAGCUGCAGGCUGCAAGGGUCAUGGUGCUGCGCUGAGAUUUUUCAUCUGGAAGGCAUCCUUUGGCUUUCGAAACACUCUUGAGAUAUUUUGGUGAAGAUGCAAUAUUUUUAUGUAGUGUAAUGCAGUUUCCUCACAUCAAGACUCCUCCUGGACCACAGUAUUGGAAACAGUCCCCCCCCCCCAAUCACUCACUGCUGUCCUCUGCACACACACAGACGCAAUAGUAGCUGUCUGGCGGUUGGCAAAAUAAAAUGAAAAACACAUGCGCGCCAGAAAUAGUUCAUAGCAAAAAUCAGUGAACUUUCAGCUCUAAUUUUGUACUAAAUUUUUGAUACAGCCUCAAAUUGUUUUAUUAAAAAAAAGUGAUUAAAAAUGGUAAUGCUGCCAGCAGUUUGUAUGAGCUUAGCUUCUUAGUAUCAAUUCAAUGGGACUGACUGCUUUGCUCAUUUUGGAUUUUUUCCCCCUUUCUUUUUGGUCUCUCAUAGUCAUUGUUUUUAAAUAUUAGAGCCAUGUCUAGGUUUCUUGCCUUUUUAAAAAAUGAACUUCCACAUGUCUCUCCUGGGAAGUUGGCGUGACCAUCAAGGUCACCCCCAUGCCCCCCCUUUCAACAAAAUGAUUUUAAGCAUGAGUUAUUAAUUUUUUCUUGUCCAUUUGAGACUAUUUUUGGUACAUUAGAGGGAGGAAAAGCCCUUUGCAAUAAUUAGUCCAUCCCCUGGCUGGGGGCUGGGCAGCCUCUGGCUGACUUUGCACACAAAGCAGACACUUUUAAGCCAUAUUGACUGUUUUGCAAAGUAUGAUGGUGUGCUGACAUGGCCAGUUAACACACUAGUGGAUGAAUGGCUAAAAUGACCUUCACCUCUGAACUUGCUAGGGUGGCAUUUCCCAUCAAGCCUUUUUUUGACUACUUGAAUAGGAUUUUGUCUAUUAAAACAAAUGUUAAUUUGACUAUGGCCCCAUAUAGUUCUGCACUCUGCUUCUGCCCCCUGAGGUGGGCUGGAGGGGUUUGUGUUGAAGUGAGGGUGACUGUAAAGAAUGUUUCAGGUUUAGCCUUUGUCUAGUUUGACAGGUAUAGAUUUGCCCUACAAAGUCCCCCCCCCUUUAAAAAAACAUCUCUCCUCUAUCCCUUCAGUGCUUGAAAGUUGGUGUGUGUCUCAGAUGAGAAGAGGCGAUGGAUUCUGCUCCUCACACAGGAGAGCUGGUUGAAGGGAAAGGGAUUAAGUGGCACCACUUAGGGCAGACUGCUUUUGAACAGACACUAGAAAUAUGUUUGUAAGAAUGCCUCCCCCCACAAGCUAGCGACCAUGGCAGCACAGUGCCAAAAUCUAUACUGGCAGGCCUGCAUUUCAGAUGUCUCCAAGUUAUCAACACACACAGCCUCCUAAGCCCAAAUGCUGCAAGUUAGAAGGGCCUUCCAAACAGUGCCGUUGUCCCUAGCAACUGAUGCCACUUUAUAAUGGUCAUGCGCAAGCGCAAACGGUUUCAGGCCUGGGCCUACCUGUCACCAUAGAAACUGGAGGCGAAGGGGCAGUGAACAGAAUAAUAACAAUGGCAUUCUCAUCAGCCGCCUUCCCCCUAAGCACCAGUGCUGUUUAUUUAUGCCACUAGACACUGUAAUGGUGGGAGAAAAUCUUGUAUUAAAAGUGUUCACCAACCACUGAUGUGUUUUUAUGUCCUUAUAUAAUUAUUUUAAAAAUGUGUUUUCUGCAUUCUGUAAAGAAACAUAUCAACUAAAUAAACCAGUGUACUUUACUACAAA